AUGACCACCCUGCCCCCACUGCCCAUGACACACCCAAAGCUUACAUCUUUAGCCAGACAGAAGCUGCCAUGUUUCCCCAGCACGAUUCCAAGGUCUCAGUUGAUCAAAGAAAAAGAUGACAUAGAUCAUUACCUGGAGGUGAAUGUCAAAGGAUUGUCAAAAGAGGAGGUUGCUGCUUACCGGAACUCGUACAAGAAGAACAUUUGUGUGGACAUGCUGCGAGACGGUUAUCACAAGUCCUUUACUGAGCUCUUCGCCCUGAUGGAGAAGUGGGAUGCCCUGCAGGAGGCUGCAAGAGUUAGGUCCCUUUUCUGGUUGCAGAGACCCCUGGAGGAGCAGCCUGAUAAGCUGGGUCACUUCUACCACCACCUGACCAGGGCUGAGGCGGCUGAACGGAAAGAGGAACUUCUGAAGAAAGGAGUUGUCCUGAUCGGCUUGCCCAGUUCGGGUCCUAGAAUACUUUCGACAGUCAGCUCCAUGUGCAGAUUGCAGUUUGCCAGGGGCCGGAAGGCACCAGGAGCAGAGUCGUGUUGUGAAGACACAUUGGAGUGGCUUCCACUCUCCCCUGAUAUAUCCAGUAAUGGAAGUCACUCCUUGGCCUCCUUGAAGGCUGGCCACAACACCACUAGCAGACUCUUCCCACUCCAAUCUUGGUCUUCAAUUUAUUUCCAGUCAUCUGACUUGCUUCCAGAAGGCCGUGUCAAUUUCUGCACGCCAAAAUACAUCCCUCCAGCAGAUGUUCAUCCAAAAUCAUUGCUGAAUCUGAGGUCCAAAUUGGGAGAGCUCCUUUCCCAGCUUACAUCCUCUUCAUCCUUAGAAAUUCGUCAGCUUCUGGAAGCUGCUGAGCAUUAUGAAGCAUUCCAUCAAUUGACGCAAGGGCGGAUAUGGAAGGAUGAGACAGGCCGCUUUCUCAACUUGUUGGCCUGUGAGAGUCUCCUGAGGACUUACAGAUUACUCUCAGACAAAAUGCUAGAAAAUAAAGAAUACAAACAGGCCAUCAGAAUUCUAAUAAAAGCUUCUGAAAUAGCCAAAGAAGGAAGUGACAAAAAGAUGGAAGGGGAAGCUUCCUAUUACUUGGGCUUAGCACACCUAGCUGCUGAAGAGUAUGAAACAGCACUAACAGUCCUUAACACUUACAGUAAAAUCUCCAUAGACCUGGAAGAUGAUCUCAGCCUGGGGAGAGCCUAUGAAGCAAUAGCCAAGGUCCUGCAGAGCCAAGGAAAGAUGCCAGAAGCAAUUAAAUACUUGAAAAAAGUUGUGGAAAUUGCAAGAAAUAAUUUUCAAAGCCUAGAUGUCGUGAGAGCAAGUACAAUGCUUGGGGACAUCUAUAAUGAAAAAGGAUACUACAACAAAGCUUCUGAAUACUUUCAACAAGCUUUUGACACAACAGCAGAGCUAAGGAACAUGCGUCACGUGGAUGAGACAAAAGUUCACUAUGGGAUAGCAAAAGCUCAUCAGAUAAUGCUGACCGUAAACAAUUAUAUCGAGUCUGACGAUCUCACCAGCCUUGACUACCUGCUGUCGUGGAAGGAGAAUAGAAGCAGCAUUGCACCACAUCCGAUUAUCGGAGGAUCUAGAAAACCCACAAUGGAAAGUUUGUAUCAAAUCCCAGAGAAUUCAGAAGAACUCAAUGGAUUUCCAGAUAAUCGAAAAAAUGAGACUUAA